CUCUCGGCGCGAUGCCCCCCGGUCGCCCGCCGCCGUCGACUCCCCGAACUCUGCUGCCUUCGGUGUGCCGCUGCUCGGAGGCCUCAGGAAGAAGACUCGGUGGUGGACGUCCUCUUUGCCAUCGCUGGUGGGAUUCUAGCGUCGUGGCGGAGGGAAGCACCUUCCCGUUUUCCCUAUCUCGUUCAACGACCUCCGCCUGUCGUUGUUGUCGUCGACACCUGCUGUCCCUGCUAUCUCCGUCGCUACCGGCGCGGAGGCGGUGGCAGUCUGGAGCGGCUGCAAGGGAGGAACUAUGAAAGUGAUCUACCUUAGGGCGAUGGAGCAAGAGCUGCAACAGAAGGCUGCCGCCCAACAAGCGGCUCAACAGGCUGCGCAGCAGGCCGCACAACAAGCCGCCGCUCAACAGGCCGCGCAGCAAGCGGUCCAACAGGCAGCCCAACAAGCCGCUCAGCAAGCCGCUCAACAAGCAGCCCAGCAGGCCGCUCAGGUCGCCCACCAGGUGGCGACACCCGUGUCGACGCAAGCGCCUUCGGGAGACCACGUGCAGCAGCAGCCGUGGUCACCCGGGGCGGCGGCCGCCGCGAAAGGCGGAGAUCCUUCCCCAGAAGUUCCCCACGUUUCCCUAGCCGGCGGAGUCGUCGUCGUUCCGGUCUCGGAGGCGGCUGAGGCGUCUCCCGUAACCGAGGCCACGCCUCCCGCAACGACAGUCGGUGAAGCCCCGCCCCCGAGCGGCUCCCCGUCGGGUCCGCAGGGCCCCACUCCGGUGGCCGUGACAUGCAGCUUCGCGGCGCCGGGAGACGAGCACAGCCCGGCUAGCAUCAGUAGCCUGAAGGCCCUGAACCCGGUGGACGCCCUGCCCCCGCCGGCGGGCGAUGACAAGGAGCUGCUCUAUCAGUCGCUCAGCUCCUCCACCAUCAUGGUCAGCACGUACGGCACGCCCCAGUACGCGCAGGGCUACGCCGUCGCAAGCUCUCCCUACCCGAACCGGCAAGUGGCCGCCGAGCAAGUGUACGUCAAGGCGAGCAGCGGGGGCCUCAGCCCGCCGACGUACGCGCACCAGGGAGCCGAGCUGGGUGGCUCGCCUCCGUCCUCUAUGUACCCGCCGCUGAGCUACAUGCCCCAGGCGCAAGCGUGGCAGGGCCAGGCGCUCGAGAUGACGCACAACGGCUACACGCUGCAGCCCGCCGCGCUGAGCCCCGGCUCGGCGGCGGCGCUCGUCGAAGACGGCCGCGGGAUGGCGGCGGCCGGCGGCAACGGGGCCAACGGAUUCGCGCCCUUUUCGACCCCGUACCUGCGCUCGGACAUGUCGUGGUCCGUGUACGACAACAGUGCGUCGCUCGGCGCUAUGCCGCAGACCGCCUACACCACCGACUCCAUGGGCCGGAUACUCUCGCCCGAGCGGCUCCAGGAGUUCUACAGCAACGAGAGCAAGGAGUGCGUCAACUGUGGCGCCAUCUCUACGCCCCUGUGGCGGCGCGACUGCACGGGACACUACCUGUGCAACGCGUGCGGCCUUUACUCCAAGAUGAACGGCGCCAACAGGCCGCUCAUGAGGCCGCCCAAGCGAAUGACGCCUCCCGAAUCCGGCACCGAUGCUCGUUACAGGACAUAUGCGAAACAGCAACAACAGCCACAACAACCCCAGCAUCAACCCCAACAGCAGCAACAGCCACCCAAUCGGCGAGUCGGCCUACAGUGCUCCAACUGUGCCACUUCGACGACGACGCUGUGGCGGCGCAACAACCAGGGGGAGCCCGUCUGCAAUGCCUGUGGUCUCUACUACAAGUUGCAUAACGUGAACAGGCCCCUGGCGAUGAAGAAGGAAGGCAUCCAGACGCGCAAGCGGAAGCCCAAGAGCGCCAACGCCGACGGCAAGUCGUCCAAGAGCUCGAGCAAGAUGAACGCCGCAGCAGCCGCGGCGGCUGCGGCGGCGCACGAGGCCAUGGACAGCAAGCGCAUGGUGCCCAUGUACUCGACCAUGAUCGCCGCCGACCACAACAUCGCCGCGUACGGCAUGCAGGUCCGCAGGGCGAGUCCCGACAAGGGCCUCGGCUGCUCGUCUGGCGUGCUGCCCGCUUACGCCCCAACCGCCGUCAUCAAGCACGAAGUUUCCAUGCCAGCGUCGCCUGGAGGCAUGAACGUCGACAUGAUGGGCAACGCCGUCGGCGAGUCGCACAGUCCCCGCUCGCUCUCCUCACCCAUGACGCCUUCCUCGGCGGUACUGAACAAGCACCUGCACGGACUGCGCAUGAGUCCGCUGGACGUGCAAUCGGCGAACAGUAGCCCGCUGCUGAUGACCGGAGACAUGCAGACGGGCAACGUGUACCAGGGGCCCACCAGCGUACUCGUACAGGUCGACCAGAGCAAACUUCAGCAGCAACAGCACCAGCAGCAGCAACAGGGCAACCCUUCCACCAUCAUCCAGCAUCAUCACUCGUCCUAAAGAUGCCUGCUCCUCCUCCCGCUGUUUCCAGGGUCCUUCACAGAACCCAGAUGUAAGGCACUCCUGUAGGCAGUCGGUGUAAACUACAAAGAGCUCGCUGAAAGCGUCAGUGGGAAUAGGACUCUUAAAGUAACCACUCCUCAAGGGACCAACGCCGAGGGACCAAAAGCCACGAGGCUUUCCUGGAGCACGUUAAGUCUGCAGGAUGCGAGUGUUCCGCCUUCCUGGUCUAUGGGGACCAUUAUCUUGAAUAUACAACUCAUCAAGUGACUAUCCGUCGUGAGCCUCACUCCUGAGUCCACCACCUUGCAGGCCUAGGUCUACCGGACCUCACCGUAUUGCAAAAGCCGGGGCCAGUCGGCUCUUCCGUUAAGAAGACAAUCUGUCCCUACUCUUACAACUUCAAGCAACUAGCUGUGAAUUAAAGCACUUCAGCAGGAAUGAAUUUGUGGGAAAAGCCCGAGGUUCUCGAGUUGGAAGCAGUUCCUCAGGUAAAUGACUCAACGAAUGAGGUGUUGCUUUUCAACAGACAUUCCAGGACAUGCUCUAGCGAACACACCGGGAGUCAUCUCGUUUCGUGCAGUGCAUGAUGAUCGGUAGUCGACCAAAUGUGACCAUGCAUAUACGUUUACCAGCGAUGGGCCAACACUGCUCCCCAGAAAUGGCUGAGAAGUUGGAAAUCCAAGUGGUACAAAAGCAAAGCCGUGGAGCACGAGAGUAUUCCGCUGGUUUGUUCUUUUUCCUCGAGAGGCGAAUGACCCGAGUACCUGUUUCACGCACUGAACUGCCUUGCGUAAACGCCAUGGCCGUGAGAUGAACAAGGCUCUGACAUGUGCCCACAAUCGCCUGUGCCAUUGCGAGAACCACUAAGUACUGCGCUGAGGUCUGCCAGUUCGGUGCAGUGACACCUAUGUAGUGGAGCCAAAGUGGGUGUGUGUGUUCGCACGCCAUUGAAAAGCGCUAGAUAUCAAGCUGCAGAAAAGGAAAAUCGGGACAAUGCACUUAUUAAAUACAGCACUUUCAUGGGGUUUGCUCUUUUUUCUUUCUCACCCACCAGAUAUCACUGUUGAAGCAGUCUGCAAAGCCUGACCCUCACUCCCAAAUACUCGCUCGAUGUGGCAAUACCGUGCAAAUAACAAUUCCAGUAUAAUUUUCUGGGUCGGUCUUUGUUCCAAUGAAUGCCGCUAACGUUAUGAAUGAUUAGCCUUGACGAGUCUUGAACCGCGUAAGGCCAUAUGAAGCCUGUAUCAAUAUAUAUGUACAAAUUGAUUGCAGUCGUAUGCAGCGCAACGAUGAGGCUUGAACAUUGAGCCUGGUAUUUAGAUGGCGAGCAUCAUUUCGUCAGGAUCCUGAUAAAGCCAAACCGCCAUCUUGAAGCGUAUGCUUGAAGCUUAAGCUUUGGGAUUUCCUUACUCACCCACUGUACAUAGUUGCGUUAUGAGACAACUGUCUCUGGCUCGUACGGUUAGACAGCAUACGUAAAGUUGGUCUAAUCAUCCACGUACGAAAAUCGUUGCCAUAUAUAUUCCUGCCAUUCCGAACCACCUCAAGCAUCUCGCAAACCAAGCACUGUGCCUCAUAAAUUUGCGGGGAUAAAACAGCAAGCUUCAGUUAGAAAGGCAA